UAUUUUUAAGUCUAAUAUCCUUAACCAUUGUCUGUUCCCUAGCCCAUGGUGCUUGCCUCCAAAUUCUGCAUGUUAUACCAUAGGAAUAUUCGAGAAGAAAAAAAAAGAAAAAGAAAAAACGGGGGAACGUAAAUUGCGAAUUUUAGACUACGUUUUCCUAUUCAUUAAUUUGUCAUAUCGCAUCUUUUGUACUCUUCUUAGGAUCAGUGUCUAUUUAUCAAUCUAUUUACCUUUAUGUAUGCCUGGCAAAGUUACUUUUGUUAGGUCUACGAUACACUUUGUCCCUCGUCAUCUCUCGAACGAAGCAACAGAGGUCCCGCUGGCAGCCUCUCUCCCUCAAGUACAAGCAAACACUUCACUUCCACCUUAUACCGUCAAUUCAGACCCACUACCUUAACCUAGUUAUCAUGAGCCUUCGAAAGUCCAGACACUGCCCUCAGGUAAACUGGAGGCACGCGAGGCGCUGGAUUCUUGCUUGUCUCCUAAAGUCUCCCUGAAGCGGCGGAAAAAAACGACCUGUCAGCCCACGAACCGCCGCUGGUGAUCCGCAAUGCGAGUAAUUGGAGGAAAUGGUUGUGAGGCAGAAGCGUGUGGUUUUAGGGAAAAUUGUGGGUGUUGGGAGGGAGCACAGUGGCUUGCGGCAAGGGAAAAACUUUUUUUUUUUUUGUCACUAUUCUCGUUGCUAGCGCGCCGCCGUGUGCGAAAUAACAUUGCUGGCGCGGACGUCUUUAUUGUGGUGCGCACGUAUAUACGUUUGGGAAAAUCGACCUCCUUCCCCUUUAAUCACUUCCCCACAUCCUCCUUUAACGGGCACGCAUACAUUAGUGCAUUGGGCCACUUUAUCCAGAAUUACUUUAUUGAUUACCGUCAACUUUAUUUUCCAAUCGCAGCAUAGCCAGGCGGUUUUUUUUUUCAGAUUAAUUUUCGGUCCACGUAGUCUAUUUUUUUGUGUGAGCAAAUCGACUUCAUGUAAUAAGCACACCAUGCUUUUAUCACGCAUUCACGACAGAAACAAUAACAACACGUUCACAUACCACAAGGUGCGAGCAACCACCACAAUACACCUGUCGUUUUAUCCUCCCCUCACACAACAGGAACUCAUCACCUGCGGAAAUUCGUGCAGUAGGUCAGGGAAGAACGAACAAGGUGUUAUUACUAAGCCUUUUCUGGGUCACCGGCACACACUGUCGACUGCCACUAUCGACCACACACCGACACAACCACGAUGUAAAGAGGAGUCGCUCUCGUGGUCGACUCAAGAGGUUUAUAUUCCCAGGUGGCAUUGUCUAGCCACGUGUUGAGAGGCUCAGUCGCUCCUUAGCGGUGGAGAAACACGGAGCUAUCGACGGGCUCCUCUCUGGGUGGCGGUAAACUCGAGGAUCUAGACAAGCCUUCAGUCAGCUCACGCAUCGCUGCUGCUGGAAGAGCCGAGUGACUAGUGUCCAGGAGGCAACAGAACUCAGAACACGGCGAGACGACCAAAGUCAACAUAGGUGCGCCAGAUCGCUGGGUGAAAGGGAACGCGUUACUUCCCUGGCUACUGACGACAAGGCUUGUGAACUUCUACUCUGGCCAUCUUUAACUGUUCCGUCAUGGCGUCUCUCGCGUCUUCUUGGCUUCGAAGUGUGAUCAGAUUUCAUUAACCGCUGGUGUUUGGAAUGCGAAGACAAACGGAGUGACCUAUUGACGUGAGGGUAAGAGACUGAGUAAGACUGACUCUACAACCACAUAAAAAACAACUGCAGGAUGAGAGGAGUGACGACGUUGCUUCUACUAUUGGUGGCGGUGGCGGCGAGAGACAUCCACCGCAGUGGUUCCAGGCUCCGGAAUCUUUCUCCACACAGCCACAGAAGGACCUGGUGGGAUGGACAAGAGGAACACAAGCAACACUACCUCGAAGAUGCCCCGCGGUUCUCUAGACCCGGAGGUGUUUAUAGCUUUGGUAAUACUGCUGAAGGAGAUUUUAAUGACCUAAAUGACUGGGGACCACUUCUUACGGCCAUUGUCAGUCCCACGAGGGCCGAGCAAGACGUGAAGUCAAUCUCAGAAUCGAAGAAUAAAUUAUUAAUUCCUGCAGGAACAAAAGCUUUUACAAGACCCGGAAUUAAUGUUGCUGGAGGAGGCGAUAAUCAUGAUGAUGAAUUUAGAACUGGCAGUGACACGGGCCACCUGGUUGAUCUACGAAAUAAGAUACGAGAUGCCAUUGAGAUACAUACGUUAUAUAAGACCAAUAUGAUGUCUCCAAGAAGCCAACAAAAGCACAGCCUUCAUGCCCCCGGCACCAGACACCAGAAUGGUACAGAGGCAGGCAGAAGCCGAAGAAGACGAAACACUGAAGAUUUCGGCGAAGCUAUCUCAGAAGCCGUCAAGAACUUAAUAAACAAGAUUUUUGCACAAACCGGACUCCCUCCUAUUGACAGCCAGACCAACACUGAAGACAGCACCACCAGUAGUGGUGCCGAGACCACUAGUGAUGCCGAGACCACCAGUGAUGCCGAGACCACCAGUGAUGCCGAGACCACUAGUGAUGCCGAGACCACUAGUGAUGCCGAGACGACCAGUGAUGCCGAGACCACCGGUAGUGAUGCCGAGACCACCAGUAGUGGUGCCGAGACCACUAGUGAUGCCGAGACCACCAGUAGUGAUGCCGAGACCACUAGUGAUGCCGAGACCACCAGUAGUGAUGCCGAGACCACUAGUGAUGCCGAGACCACCAGUGAUGCCGAGACCACUAGUGAUGCCGAGACCACUAGUGAUGCCGAGACCACCAGUAAUGAUGCCGAGACCACUAGUGCUGCCGAGACCACCAGUGAUGCCGAAACCACUAGUGAUGCCGAGACCACCAGUAGUGAUGCCGAGACCGCUAGUAAUGCCGAGACCACCAGUGAUGCCGAGACCACCAGUAGUGAUGCCGAGACCACUAGUGAUGCCGAGACCACCAGUAGUGGUGCCGAGACCACUAGUGAUGCCGAGACCACUAGUGAUGCCGAGACCACCAGUGAUGCCGAGACCACUAGUGAUGCUGAGACCACUAGUGAUGCCGAGACCACCAGUGAUGCCGAGACCACUAGUGAUGACGAGACCACUAGUGAUGCCGAGACCACCAGUGAUGCCGAGACCACUAGUGAUGCCGAGACCACCAGUGAUGUCGAGACCACUAGUGAUGUCGAGACCACUAGUGAUGCCGGGACCACUAGUGAUGCCGAGACCACCAGUGAUGCCGAGACCACUAGUGAUGCCGAGACCACUAGUGAUGCCGAGACCACUAGUGAUGCCGAGACCACUAGUGAUGUCGAGACCACUAGUGAUGCCGGGACCACUAGUGAUGCCGAGACCACCAGUGAUGCCGAGACCACCAGUGAUGCCGAGACCACCAGUGAUGCCGACACCACUAGUGAUGCCGAGACCACCAGUGAUGCCGAGGCCACUAGUGAUGCCGAGACCACCAGUGAUGCCGAGACCACUAGUGAUGCCGAGACCACUAGUGAUGCCGAGACCACCAGUGAUGCCGAGACCACCAGUGAUGCCGAGACCACUAGUGAUGCCGAGACCACUAGUGAUGCCGAGACCACCAGUGAUGCCGAGACCACUAGUGAUGUCGAGGCCACUAGUGAUGCCGGGACCACUAGUGAUGCCGAGACCACCAGUGAUGCCGAGACCACUAGUGAUGCCGAGACCACUAGUGAUGCCGAGACCACCAGUGAUGCCGAGACCACUAGUGAUGCCGAGACCACUAGUGAUGCCGAGACCACCAGUGAUGCCGAGACCACUAGUGAUGCCGAAACCACUAGUGAUGCCGAGACCACUAGUAGUGCCGAGACCACUAGUGAUGCCGAGACCACCAGUGAUGUCGAGACCACUGGUAAUGCCGAGACCACUAGUGAUGCCGAGACCAUUAGUAGUGCCGAGACCACUAGUGAUGCCGAGACCACCAGUGAUGCCGAGACCACUAGUGAUGCCGAGACCACUAGUGAUGCCGAGACCACCAGUGAUGCCGAGACCACCAGUGAUGCCGAGACCACUAGUGAUGCCGAGACCACCAGUGAUGCCGAGACCACUAGUAAUCCCGAGACCACUAGUGAUGCCGAGACCACCAGUGAUGCCGAGACCACUAGUGAUGCCGAGACCACUAGUAGUGCCGAGACCACUAGUGAUGCCGAGACCACCAGUGAUGCCGAGACCACUAGUAAUGCCGAGACCAUUAGUGAUGCCGAGACCAUUAGUAGUGCCGAGACCACUAGUGAUGCCGAGACCACUAGUGAUGCCGAGACCACCAGUGAUGCCGAGACCACCAGUGAUGCCGAGACUACUAGUGAUGCCGAGACCAAUAGUAGUGCCGAGACCACUAGUGAUGCCGAGACCACCAGUGAUUUACAUAGAAAAUCAGACCACACAGACCCCAUGGUCCAGACUUGGUGGUCUGUCCUUUAACCUAAGUGAUUUUACAUUAAUCAGAAGACUCCAAAACGUUGCAUUUCUACUCUAGUUGAUAUUAAGUUGAAGGAAGUGACGGUCGAGCUUAUUUUUGAAGGAGUCAAUCGUGUUACACUGGACCACUGACGGUGGAAGCUUAUUCCAUUCUCGCACUACAACGUUGGUGAAGAAAAAUUUGGUGCAGUCUGAAUUUACUUGUCUACAUCUGAGUUUUACGCCAUUGUUCCUCGUGCGCAAAGUGUCAUCGAUCAUAAACAAUGUUGAUCUGUCUACAUUCGUGAAACCAUUAAGUAUUUUAAAACAUUCGAUCAGUUUUCCUCGGAGGCGACGUUUCUCAAGAGAGAACAUGUUAAGGGUAGAAAGCCUUUCUUCGUAGGAUUUGUUGCGCAAGGAAGGGAUCAUUUUCGUUGCCCGACGCUGAACACCUUCUAAUUUAGCAAUUAGAUGCCGAGACCACUAGUAACGCCGAGACCACUAUUGAUGCCGAGACCACCAGUGAUGUCGAGACCACCAGUGAUGUCGAGACCACUAGUGAUGCCGAGACCACCAGUGAUGCCGAGACCACUAGUGAUGCCGAGACCACCA